UGCAGGGGUAAGGUGGUUGGCAGCAGGAAGUUGGGUGUGCACGUGGGGUUCUCCAUUCCAACCUUGGAAAGUUCCAAGCUUCGUUCAUGAAACGUCCGAGCUCCCACAGUGGGACUCCAGGGCUUGGAACACCGACUCUCUCACGCGUUCACUCACUCGACCGCUGCGACCUUUCUCAAUCUCGCUCGCGUCUUUCUACAGAUCCGGAAGAUGGCCUGAUCCCCUCCUGUUCCCCGGUCCUUCGCUCUGCAACCCAGAUUUCAUACUUCCAACCCCCAAACCCCCUCCACCCACCCUUCACCGCCUUCAGCAAUAAUGGACCGGCAGACACAGCGGAAGUCGAGGAUAUUCACCAGACGCGAGAUUGAGGCUCUUAUCGCCAGCGGCCGCUCCAUUGUCAUUGUAGACGGCAGGGUGUUGAAGGCUGAUGCGUGGUUGCCGUAUCAUCCCGGCGGGGACAAAGCCAUCAGGCAUAUGAUAGGGCGAGACGCUACCGACGAGGUUCAAAGAUUUCACUCGGCACAGACGCUCGAACUUGCCUACCGCUACCAAAUCGGCCGCAUUGAAGGACGAUGGACCAAUUUCGUACCCCCGAUACAAGGAGGGCAGUUCAGGACGCAGGAGGAACUAGACAAGAUCUCAGAGGAAGAGUAUAUCGAGUCCUAUUCGGAACAAGAGAGUAUCAGCACGGUGUCGUCGGCCGACCAGAGCCCGAUCUUCGAACCUGCGGACCAGAGCGCCUCGAUGCGCAAGCGAAACACCGGCAACAUCCCACGAUCCCCCUCAGACUCCUCCAUUUCUUCGGUCGACCUCGAUGAUUUGCCAACGGCGCCGAAGAUGUCGGUGCUAGAUGCUCGAACGCAGCAGGAGAUCGACUUCGACAAAGCGAAAUAUCCUUCUCUCGACCCCGACACCCAGGACAACAUAACCAGGAAAUACCGGGAGCUGCAGAAGCGCAUAGAGGCGAAGGGCCUGUACCGCUGUCGGUACUCGUCGUACGGGAUCGAGCUCAUACGCUACGCGUUCUUCUUCGGUUCUUUUGUCUACCUGCUGCGGUCCGGCUGGUACGUCACAAGCGCCGUACCGCUCGCCUGCUUGUGGCACCAACUCGCAUUCACGGUCCACGACGCAGGACACAUGGGCAUCACCCAUAAUUUCCACGUAGACACGACCCUCGCCAUGAUCAUUGCUAACUAUGUCGGCGGUUUGAGCGCCUGCUGGUGGAAGUACAACCACAACGUACACCACCUUGUCACAAAUUCUCCGGAGCACGACCCGGAUAUCGAAUAUAUUCCCUUCUUCGCCAUCACCCACCGUUUUUUCGAGAGCCUUACCUCCACAUACUACGAACGAGUUAUGGAAUACGACGCAUUCGCAAAGUUUUUGGUACGAUUUCAGAACUAUACCUACUAUCCCAUCAUGUUGUUCGCACGCUUCAAUCUCUACAGAUUGGGCUGGACUUACAUCCUGCUUGGCCAAGGUCCUAAGAAAGGCCCAGCUUGGUGGCACCGGUACUUUGAGCUUGUGGGCCAGGUCUUCUUCUGGACCUGGUACGGCUACGGGGUGGUGUACAAGACGGUCCCUGGAGGCUGGAACCGUUUCCUCUUCGUUCUGAUCAGCCACGCUCUUACCUCUCCGCUCCACGUUCAGAUCACGCUCAGCCACUUCGCCAUGAGCACCACCGACAUGGGCGCCACCGAAUCUUUUCCCCAGAAGAUGCUGAGGACGACGAUGGAUGUCGACUGUCCCGAGUGGCUCGACUUCUUCCACGGCGGCCUCCAGUUCCAGGCCAUUCAUCAUCUAUAUCCCCGGAUUCCCAGGCAUAAUCUGCGGCGGACACAGAAACUUGUUCAAGACUUUUGCAAUGAUGUGGGUAUACCCUAUGCCUUGUACGGGUUUGUCGAUGGGAAUAAGGCGGUUAUUGGGAAGCUCGCGGAUGUUGGUAGGCAGGCAGCUAUACUUGCUGAGUGCCAGCGCACCAUUGCGGAGGGGGACUUCGGCAUGCACUAAUAUGGCGUUUCUCUUGGAUCAUGGAAGUGGAACUUCUUGCGCUAGAUGAUGCAGUGUGAUGACUAGGAUGUGCGGAACUCUGUCACAGAAAACGCCUGUGCUCAGGGAGUCUACUUUGUCUGACUCCAACAGAGAAA